GGAUUUUUCUGUUUUGCUCUGGCCUUCUGCGGAUUGAUCCCAGCUGCCUGCUGGAGAUACACGCACAGCACGGAGGUGGAAGACAGCAUGAUGGAUGUGUACGAUCUUGUGUACGAGGAGGUGAGGAGGAACGCCUCCAGCUUCAGGAGGCACGAGCUGACUGCCAUCCACGAAGCAUUCCUCUGCUGCGGGAAGCGCUCUCCUUUUGGGGACACGGCCAACGUCGAGCGCAAGACGUGCCCCUCCGGCCAGACGCGCGAUGCGGGACAGGACUGCCUGCGAGAGAUCCAGGAUUUCCUGAAGAAGCACAUGGACUUUGUCUCCACGCUCCUGGGCAUCGCCAUCGGCUUCACGGUUUACGGGAUGAUCCUGACCUCAUUCCUCUGGUUCUCCAUCCACUUCAGCAGCAACCUGGACCGGAAAGGCAAAUACACCCUGCGAGAGAGGUAG